UGUCCCCUCGUGCUCCUUCCCCUCCCCCCUGCCUGGGCCCUAGCUGCCUCUCAGAAUGUCCUCUGGACACACAGCACCAGGGCAGUCCACCCCCACAUGACUGCUGACGCAGAACAAAAGGCGUUGGCAAAUCCUUCAGUCCACCCCAUCUGGAACUCCCAAGGGCCAGCCCAGUGUGCUGGUGGGGUAUCUGAGGGGUGGAAUAGGUGAGAGAAGGAGGUGAAGGAGGUGAAGGGUGUGGGUCAGAGCUGCAGGCUUGAGUCCCUCCUCAGGCACAUCUUUGCUGAAGACUUUUCCUCUGUGUGCCCAAGAUAUAGGGGUCUUUAUCCCCAGGCAGUCCAGGCAGGGAUAAGAAGGGGCUGGGAGGCCUUGGGUUAUGCCACGCCCAGGGCCUGGCCCUGCCCCCAGGUGCCGAGGUAUAGGUGGGUGCUCUGACAGCGCUGCUGACAAAAUAGGCAGGACAGACUCCCCGGGACACAGAUGCCUGCCUUAGCUCUGAUGUCUUACCCCAUGGUGACGUUCUUCACGCUGAGCGUGGUGGGGGCUGCCCUGCUGGUGGUUUCCCUCCUCCUCCAGUGGUAUAGCCCGGCACGGAACAAGAUCCCUGGGGCCCAGAAACGCCGGCAGGUGGCGCUGCAACGGAUGGAGGCCCUGAUACAGCGUCUCCGGGAGCAGGAGCCGGAUCUGGACCCCGAGCCCAUUCUGGAGCUGCCACUGGCCAAGCUGGCCCACAAGUUGCAGACGGAACAGCUGAGUCUGGAGAGUGUCCUCUGCAGCUACUUAGAGCAGGCUCUGAAGGUGCAUCAGGAGGUGAACUGCCUGACGGAUUUCCUGGAGGAAUGUGAGGAGCAACUGCAGAUGUUGAAGAAGCUCAAGAAGAGUGAGAGAGGCCUUCUCUACGGAGUCCCCCUGAGCCUCAAGGACCCCUAUGACUGCAAAGGCCAUGACUCUACAUGUGGCCUAGCCCAGUUCCUGAAGAAACCUGCAGCCAAGGACGGGGUCAUCGUGAAAGUGCUCAAGGCCCAAGGGGCGAUUCCCUUUGUGAAGACCAACAUCCCUCACACGCUGCUCAGCUUUGAUUGCAGCAACCCCAUCUUUGGUCAGACCUUGAACCCCUUGAACUUGAAGAAAACAAGUGGGGGCUCCUCAGGGGGUGAAGGAGCUCUGCUGGCGAAGAGGGGCUCCAUCUUGGGCAUGGGCACUGACACAGGUGGCAGCAUCCGCAUCCCAGCCAGCUUUUGUGGUGUCUAUGGCCUCCGGACCACCGGAUACCGCCUCAGCUAUUCUGGAAUUGCCUCUGCUGUCAAGGGCAAGAAAUCAGUGACCACAGUGGCCGGCCCCAUGGCCCGGGACGUGGAGAGCCUGGCGCUGUGCCUGCGAGCCCUGCUGAGUGAGGACAUGCACCGGCUGGACCCUACUGUACCCGCCCUGCCCUUCAGGGAGGAGGUGUACUCCAGUAAGGAGCCCCUUCGAAUCGGCUACUAUCAAUCCGAUGGCUACACCCAGCCAUCCCCGAGCAUGGUCAGGGCUGUGCAUCUCACUACCAGGCUCCUCCAGGAGGCAGGACAUCAGAUGGUCCCCUUUACCAUUCCUCGGAUAGAGCACGCCAUUCAAGACCUGUACACAGGGGGCCUGUUUGCCGAUGGUGGGGCCACGCUUCUGGAGAAGCUAAAGGGGGACAUCGUGGAUCCCAGCAUGAAGGGGUUAGUCAGCCUGUUCCGCCUGCCAGGCUCUCUCAAGAGUUUCUUGGCCAGUAUUCUCAAGUACAUAGCUCCCCGAGUGAGCCAGGGUCUUAAAGAGCUUCGUGGAGUGAGGACACCGAAGAGACUGUGGGAGCAACACACAGCAGUGGAGAAAUACCAGCAAGAAUUCAUAGCCAAGUGGAGGUCCCUGGACCUGGAUGUGCUUCUGGCACCAGCUCUGGGCCCUGCCUUCUACAUAAGCUUUCCUGCCAAAGCAUCAGAGAGCUCGUCCUACAUGUCCCUGUACAACGUCCUGAACUUCCCUGUGGGCGUGGUGCCUGUCACCACCGUGACACCACAGGAUGAGGAGGAGCUGGCCUUCUACAAGGGCUACUACGGAGAUAAUACUGACCAGAAUUUCCGUGAGGCGGUAAAAGGAUCCGUGGCACUUCCGGUGGCUGUGCAGUGUGUGGCCUUGCCUUGGGAAGAGGAGCUGUGUCUCCGGUUCAUGAAGGAGGUGGAGACCUUGGUCAAGAACCACAAGGGGGACUAGCAGAUGGCAUAAUGGUUACAUUGCUGGUCUCCCACGUGGUC